AUGGCUGCAUCUCCUAUUCCCAGUGCUGCCAGUCUCAGUGAUGGUGAGAGUGCAUCUACUGUGGUACUUGGUGAUGACCCCCCAGUUCCUGUGGAUGAUGGUUUGUUCUGGGAUAUCAACAUUUGCCCAUCAGACCCAAUUGGUUGGACGUCUUUCGGGUUGUUGGGGCCCAUGUUCAAUUCCAAGAACGAGUGCAAGUGGCGCAGGCUUAGUGUCACUCAGACGGUGAGGAUGCAACAGAAGGUAGGCUACGUGUUCAUCCAAGGUUUGAGCGGUGGCUUUUUCAAACAUGAUGUUGAAGAUCAGGUUCAAUUUGAGGGGAAUGUCACGGUGUACCGUUUGGUACACAAAGGCACUGGCCACAGCAUCCUGAUUCGAUCCAUGCCCAAGGGUUCGUUCGUGGGAUCAGUGUUCUUGACAUUGGAGCACAAUGACACUUUGUACAUCAAAGUGCACAGCAAUAUCAACCCUGAGAAGAUUUUGUUCUUGCACAAACUCUACCACUGCAAGUCCAUGACUCGUCGUGAUUUGACCUACAUGGUCCCUUGUCGAGAAGCGCAAAGCCGGGGCGUGGCACAAGGUUUCGUUGUGCAUGAGGCGUUCUUCGAUGGACCCGCCUGCAGUGGUGCUCUUGGCAUAGCUCAACCCCGGCUGAGUAGCAUCCAUCAAGUCUCCUCAGACUUAGGUAGGUUUGUGAGCACAAUGAACAACCCGGAUGCUCAGGAGCAACAGGUGGUCACCUGGUGCCAGAGGUUGGGUGGGAUGGUGAUGACUCCGGGCCUUGCUGUCGAGCUUGCGACACAGAUAGCCGCAGGCCCGUGGACCAAUGCACAGCGGGACCGCCUCAACCAGGCGGUCAACAGUGUGUUGGUCCGAAAUGGCCAGAACACCAGAAGGGGGCUCCAGGCUUGUGGGAACUUCAAGGCCUACCUAUCUGCUGGUGACCUCUCGGCUUUGGAGUCAAGCGAGACUUCGUACCUCGCAAAAGUGGACGUGAUCACCAGCAGAAUGCUUCGGAUCGGACUUCAUUGCCCAGCAGAGACGUGCCUUGGCGCAAUUGUGUCCAUGGUGCAUCAUCAAAGCUCUGAUGAUGAACUCAAAACCAUGCUCGAAGAUUACAAAAAGGCUUUGAAGAACAAGAAGAAGGUGGCACCAAAACCUGCAGUGCAUCUCUUGCAGUACCCUGUGGAUCCCCAUGACUUGCCAAAGGAGCUGCUUGCUAGUGGCUGGGAUCAAGCUGAUCCAGCGGCACGUGUCAAUGUGGGACCUGAUGACUUGAGGCCUCUUGGACCUCUUAGGCACCACAACAAAAGGCUUGCCAAGAACAGGGUCCCAGAUCUGGCCAUGGCAUCCGGAUCAGGUGCAGCCGGUGGUGUGCAGGGCAUGCUCAUGAACAUGAUGAUGCAGCAGCAGCAGAUGUUCAUGCAGUGCAUGACAGGACAAGGUCAAGCUGCAGAACUACCAGGUCUCCAUCUUUUCAAGCCCAAAACCUGUGGCCAGAAGAAACAGCUGGCAUUGACUGAUCAGACUCAACCUGCAGUGCCCAAGGCAACUGUUCAACAAGUUGCCACUCCUCAGCAGCGAACUGUGCUGCAGUUGCCUGCUGUGACUUCAGAGCCCAUGAAUGACCGUCCUGUUGUGUCAGCACAAGAGCAGGCACAGAUGGUGGCCGAUGCCACGCAGAACAGAAAGGUUGAUAAGGGGCCCAAGCCAAAGUCAAAGGCAAAGGCCACUGCCAAGGCCAAGGGAAGCACCAAGAGUGCACCUAAGGCAAAGGCUCCUCCCAAGCCCAAAGCCAAGGGGAAGGCCAAAGCAGCCCCUGUGCCGCCUGUGGCAGUGAUGAGCAGAGGACGAAGCUGUACCCAAACGGGUGCAGCAAAUGCAGAUUCCGAACUGGAUGCACCAAGUCCUGCUGGAAUGACCGCAAGUUCUGAGUCCUAUCGCUUCAUCUUCGUGACCAAGACCAGGGUUCAUGCCACGCGUGGACUCGCGCGGCAGGGUCUCAUGGGUGAGCCCGCCGACAAAAAGGAUCCAAGGAGGACGGUGAAACGGGAAAGGUCGCUGGCUCUUCCAAAGGACACACCGUUGGGGCCUCUUUGGGGUGAAGUUGAGUUGUUCAAACUUGUGGUGGAAAAAUUCUACGCCUUCCCAUAUUCCAUGCAGAAUGGAGUGAUGCUGCCACUUGGGGAGACAAGGGUCAUGUGGCAUGGGCGGCUGGCUGUAAUUCUGGGAGAUGAAGUAGCAUUAAAAAAUUGCCUGAGCUUCAAAGGAUUUCUCAUCCCACAUACGGAGAGCAACACAGCUCUCAUGGUGCCUCAUACCGCGGACUCCAUCAGAGAGGCCAUGCACUUGCUGAGAACGCAACACAGCGUCUUGAACAAAUCCAAAUUCGAGGCCUUGGAGAAAAAUUUGGGGCUGCUGUAUCAACCAGAGGGCAAUGAUGAGCUUCAUCAGUUUGUCACAGCCUGCGUGUGGCCAAAAAAGAUUCAGGCAGCAAGUAUGACUGGCUACCGACUCUUCGAGAAACGCACUGCUAAUUCCGGAGAGCUGAAGGCUUCAGCUUCAGAGUUGUUGUCUGUCUACGGUGUUGUGCGGUUGGCAGUGGUCAGCAAGUUUCCCGAUCUGAGCCUUCUGCCGCCACAGCCAUCUUUUGCAGUGCGCAGUUUCUUGGCUGCUUGCCAGGUGUUAGAUUUGCUUAGGAGAAGCAUGUCUGAAGAGAUAUCUUCAUAUGAGCUCAAGUCUGCAGUGCAAACCCACCAGCAGCUGAGACUGGCUGCGCAUGGUGGUGAGAAUUACCAGCCAAAGAUGCACUAUGGUGGGCAUCUCUUUCAACAUGUUGAGAAUCAUCCCAAACUGUUGAGUUGUUUCUGCCACGAAAGGAAACACAAGCAAGUCAAACGAUUUGCCAAUGCCCAAACGAAUCACUCUCAGGGAACCUCCUAUGAAAAAAGCUUAUUGGAGGAGGUGGUUCUUCUUCAGUCCACCGCACUCAAGGAAGAUCAGACGAAACAAAGUUUCGCGCUUGUGUCACCAAAAUCAGCUUCAUUGGCUUUGACAGAACAUGUCAAGCUUUUUUUGGGGCUGAAAGCAUCAGAGCCUUUAGAUGUUUCAGCAUCACACGAUGUUGUCCUCAAGCCAACCGAGCUUUGUUCUGUAAAUGAUGCAGUCCUAGUGAAAACAACCUGUGGCCAAGAAUCUGUAGGCAUGGUGUGGUUUCAUAUUGAGGCCCGUGGGACCCUCUACACCAUUUGGGCUCCGUGGCUUCCAGUGCAGGGUUCUCCCAACACCUUUAAGGCGAUGACGAUCCUUUUCCCUGGACAGAGACGGAAGAGGUGUUGUUUCUCUUGGCGUUUGGUGAGUUCAAUGAACGACCAGUUGAAACGUGGCCGUUUUCUCAGGUCCUGGCUGGCUGCGGCCCACGAGCCCCAGCGCCACCUCUUCGAGGCCUCGCAGGACAUCCUGACGCAGCGCCUGCGCCGUGCUGCCAACCGUGUGGCCGGCAGCAGUGUGACACAGAAGGGCACUUUGGUGGCCCUGCUGCCGCACAUUCGUUUCUUGCAGCGUAUGUGGCUCAGAAAAGCAUUGUGGCAGGAGCAAAGGCAAGCGGAACGGGUGCAAGUGGAAUUCCCCGGAAAACUCUGUGACGCGGCGGCGCCCAAAGAAGGCUUCCGCCAGCUACGGGCCAUGGCUCUCUUCGUGACCGAAAGGUUGAAGGAAGUGGGUAUCCACUUUCCUCAGGAGGUUCUGGCCCGAAAGGAUCCGGUUUGGAAGAAGGGGCACUGGAUUUCACAGCGAGUGGAUGGUGUCAUCAGGAAUGGGUUGAUCACUGGAAGCAAAGGUAGCCAGUACGAAGUGCAGUGGAGCGAUGGCACGGUCACCACUUUGCCGGAGACCAAGUUGAAGACCCCACACCUCUGGCGCAGCGGCGAGGCUGUUGAAGUUUUUGACCUGUCAGGUGGCAUCUAUCGAAAGGCCCUUGUGGCGCAGAACUUCGACAAGACAGCGAAGAUCAAGGACGUGGAUGCGAUGGUCGGAAGGGGUUGA